AUGCAGGCGCAUCUUCUGAAGUUCAACAUUCCUGAGGAACGGCUAGUCACGCGCCGCCUUCCCUUCGUGGGCAUCGAACGUUUGACGCAGGCAGGCGGGCAGUUGGGAAUGAAGGGUCAGGUCCUCGACAUGCCCAUUGACGUGCAGGAGACAGUUCAAAGUCCUUCACGUGACGUCGACAACCACAUUGCUGACGAAGCACACAUCAAGCGCCACGGGGGCAUAUAUGAAAAACGUCUCGCCCUGCUAGUUUUGGACCUCAAGACUGGCAGUCUUUAUCCGGACAAGAAGUACGUGGCAGGCGUCGAUAUUGCGAAAAAGCUCCUGCAUCAUCUGUGGCUUGGAGUCCCUGACAAGAAGGCGAUGAACGUCCUGCUGGCAGUACCCAGCAUCGACGAUGGAGAAUUGUUCCGAGGAGCGGUACUUACCAUCCAUCGCCAAAGGCCCGACAUGAUCGACAAGAUAGGAUUCGACAUCACCAACAACGAGGACCUGACCACUAUUGAGAAGAUGUACCGGCAACUCGGCAUACGAGGUCAUCGGUGGCAAGGAGACGGUGUCAGCAACUGCGUCUCUUUCUUUCGACCUGCCGACAGGAUGAACAGCAUCGUCGAUAACCGCGACGCGGGACAAUCAUCCGCCUUCGUCGAGAAAGCUUACCAGUGGACCAUCGAUAUUCCGCAGCAGCUCCGACUGUCGCUCAGGUGCGAAUGACUCUUUGUUUGUUGAUCGAGCAGUUUAGGGGUUCUUUUAAACUCAU